AUGACUUCUACAACCGGAAUAUUAGAAAUCGAUACUACUCACUACGCCGCAGUUGGCCCAGAGGACUUGUCACAUUGGCCCAAAGCAGAUGGUAGUCCAGGUGGUUUAUGGACGGUAUCUGAACAUCCUGGUAAACGUCUGCUCUACGUGUGCGACAUUGACAAGCUCAAGAGUCAUGAUGAAUUUAGUCAUAUUUGUGGACAAAAUGCUAAUUUUUUAUAA